AUGAGACCCUCCACCUUCCUCGUCGCUGCUCUGUCUAUCGUCCCCGGUGUUCUCGCCGUCGACCAGAUGAAGUCCGUCAUCGUCUGGGCCAAUUCCGAUUCCGUCGGUGACGAUAUCAUCCAGAAGGCAAAACAAUCCAUCAUCGAUGCCGGUGGCCAGAUCACCCACACCUAUUCUCUGAUUAGGGGAUUCGCCGCCGUCACACCCGCCAAGGUCCUCGAAUCCGUUCAAGCCUUCAGUGAAAGCCUCACAAUCGAAGAGGACCACACUGUCACCAACUCCGUAUAG